AUGGCACCUCCUGAGCCAGCGCCAGCACCAGCUGCUGUGCUGGAGGAUGGGGUGGGCAAGACACGCCUGGGAGACACAGGAAGGGGUUCCCCAGAGACGGAGCGGCCCACCUCCUCACUCCCCAGCCCACUGCCCCGUCUGCCCCAAGCCACCGACAUCUCCCCAGGGGCCUGCAGCCGUGCCCACCUGUGCUCCCCCCGGCCAAUGCCACUCCCCACGCAGCACCAGGAAGACCCGUGGCCUGAGGGUGUGGCGUCCAGAGCCUUGCAACAGAUCAAGCCCCAGAGUCCUGCGGGGGGCCUCCUCCCUGAGCCCCCUACAGCUGCGGAACCACUGACCGCAGGCCAGCGUGACGUCCAGGAUGAGGAGAGUGCGGUGCACUACCUCCUCCUUGGCGCUCCCGGGCCGUGCUCUGCUGUUGGCGCAGAGGACCUGCGUCUGCAGCUGCCCCUGCAGGAGCUGCCCAGCCAGGCCUCCAACUGGCUGGCCAGCCCGUUGGAGCAGCUGGGCAUCUCCAACAUCCUGCUGGAGGAAGUGCCUGAUGUGUCCCCCGAGUCAUACUCCUGCCAGUUCACAGCCAGUAAGCUGUCCAGGGUCCUCGGCAGUGGCGACCUGGACGCCUUCUUCCCCCGCACCCGCAAACACCCUCAGCUGUUUGAGAUCCUGGCCAAGACCCCCUACGGCCACGAGAAAAAAGGCUUGCUUGGGAUCGACCAGCUGCUGGGGCAGGCUGUCUUCAGCGCAGCCCUCCCCCUGCACGACGGCCCCUUGGUGGCGCCCCUAGAGAGUCCGUGGGCUCUGGGCCUCAGCCAGCAGCAGGUGCUGCUCCAGCGCUGGGCCCGCGGGCACCAGUGGAACGAGUAGCAGCCUCUGGACCAGGUGCGCCGGUCUGGGGAGAAGAUGGCUGCCCGCUUCACCUGGCUCGGGCUCUACACAGGCUGGCUCCUGCCAGCAGCAGUGGUGGGCACACUGGUGGUGUUCCUGGCGGGCUGUUUCAUGGUGUUCUCAGGCACACCUACAUAAGAGCUGUGUGGCAGCGGGGACAGCUUCGAGACGUGCCUGCUCUGCCAUGACUGCCCCUUCUGGCUGCUCUCCAGCACCUGUGCCCUGGUCCAGGCUGGCCAGCCCUUGGACCACGACCAUGGUGGCACCGUCUUCUUCAGCCUGUUCGUGGUGCUGUGGGCCAUGUCCUCCUGGAUGCUGGAGUGCAAGAGCAUCAUGCAGGCCCACCCCUGGGGCUGCUCCAACCGUGAGGACAUCGAGGAGAGGCCGUGGCCUCAGGUGGCCGCCUCAGCUCCCACAACAGCCCUGAGCCCCACCGCUGGUGAGGACGAGCCCUGCUUCCCCAAGAGGAGCCGCCUGCGCCUGCUGGCCGGCUCCGUGGUGGUCAUGAUGAUGGUGGCCAUGGUGGUCAUGUGCCUGGUGUCCGUCAUCCUCUACAGGGCCAUCCUGGCCAUCCUGGUGUCCAGGUCAAACAACACCCUCCUCGCAGCCUGGUCGUCAUGCAUCGCCAGCCUCAUGGGGUCCAUCCUGAACCUCGUCUUCACCCUCAUCCUCUCCAAGACCUACGUGGCCCUGGCCCAUGUCCUGACAAAAUGGGAGAUGCAUCGGACCCAGACCAAGUUCGAGGACGCCUUCCCCCUCAAGGUGUUCAUCAACUUCUGCUGCUCGCUCGUCUGCAUCGCCUUCUGCAAGGGCAGGUCGGCGCCCUGGGCCCCGCCCUCGGAGCGACCCGCUCCGCCCCGCUUCGCGCUUCGCCAGGUGGUCUCCGGGUGGCCGCGGGAGCACAGGUUCGUGGGCUAUCCGGGCAACGGCCACAUCCUGCUUGGGGUCCGCAACCAGGCUGCCACACCGGCCUCCUCACACGGCUCCUGCCCCCUCGCAGCCGUCCACAAAACACUCACAAUCCGCGUGUCCCCAGUGGCCCCCGAUUCCCACCUGAGCGGAGCUCCAGUCAUCGGGGUGGACCGUGAGGCAAUGCCGCUGCCGCGAACUCGGCUGGCACACUGCUGCCUCACUGAGUUGGCACAGGAGCUCCUGGUCAUCACAGUGGGCAAGCAGAUCAUCAACAACGUGCAAGAGAUUCUUGUUCCGAAGCUAGAGGACUGGUGGCAGAAAUUCUGGCUCCGCUCCAAGAAGAGGAGGGUGGGGGCUUCCAUGGUGGCUGGCUAGGUGCCCUGGGAGGCGGACUACAAACUUCUACCCUGCGAGGACCUGUUUGACGAAUACCUAGGGAUGGCGCUGCAGCGCGGCUGCAUCACCAUCUUCGUGGCCGCCCGCCCGCUCCCGCCGCUCUUCGCUCCGCUCAACAACUGGGUGGACGCGCUCAGGUUCGUCUGCGAGCGCGGCGUCUGGGUUCACGUCCUGGCGGGCGUCACGCACCUGGCGGUCACCGGCAACGCCUCCCUGCUGGCCUUGUUGUGCGACUUCCCGCCGCGCGCCCCCUCCGGCCGGACCAGCGCCCGUGCCCUGCCCCGCUGCGUCAGGUUCACGCUGGCGCGCACACCCCGCGUGCAGGGCGACUUCAUGACUGCCCCCGGCUCCCAUGACUUAUGGGACUGUCACACCUACCGGAUAAUGAGGCAUUUGCCACUGUGGGGCUCAGUUACAGUCCAGCCCAUCUACCUGUUUGAAACCCCAACAAGGUGCCAGGCUUUCAGGGAGGAUGAGGGACACCGUUCCCCGGCCAUCUGCCUGGCCUUCGUCAUCGUGUGUGAGCACGUGGUGUCCUCCACCAGCCGGGUCCUCGACCUUGUGGUCCCCGACAUCCCUGAGUCUGUGGAGAUCGAGGUGAAAUGGGAGUGCUACUUGGCCGAGCAGGCGCUGGCCGAGAGCGAGGCUCUUUUUGGACCAGACGGAGGUAAAGUGGACCAGCCCUCAGGCUCAGAGGUGAGUCUGGGCCCACAAGCCUAGGCUGCCAGGAGCCAGCCAACAGGGCCUCCCCAGCGCCCUCCCUCCAAG